GGAUGGUCAGCCUCAUACCCGCCCAGGUAACUGCUUAUCAGCAAGCCAACCAAAGCAAAGUGAACGAAAGUCGACAGCCCACCAAAGUCACUGUAUAACUCAGAAUAUGUCAGACUCCGAAUGCACGAUGCUCGAAGCAGACGUUGAAGACAAAGCUAUGGACGCCGCAGCCCCUUUCGACAGACCAGACGCAGACAUGAUACUACGCACCUGUGACAACGUCGACUUCCGUUAUUACAAAUUCUUGCUAUCCCUUGCCUCACCCUUCUUCAUGAAUAUGUUUGCACUUCCUCAACCCACUGAGUUAGCAAGUGACCAGACAAAGUACGGUCUCCCUAUCAUCCCUGUCUCGGAAUCAAGCAGAGUAAUGGAGAAGCUCUUGAUGUUUUGCUCACCAGUGUACGACACUGAUGUUCCUGCGCUGGACAAUUUGGACAUUGUCAUGGCUGUGCUGGAUGCGGCGGACAAAUAUGAUAUGAAGAGAGUAGGGAAAUUUGUUGUAAAGAUGAUUAUUUCCCCCCACUUUCUGGAGCCAGAACCCAUGCGGGUAUUCGCAAUCACAUGUCGAUACAGGUCGGAGGUCGAGACCAGAGUGGCUGCAAGAUAUAUGCUGCGUUAUGCUAUCUCGGAGCCGUCUUAUGUGGCAGAGCUCGACUGUAUUUCUGGGGGAGACUACCACAGACUAGUCAAAUACCACGCAAAGUGCGGCCAAGCCGUACCACAGCUCAUCAAUCUCUGGUCCAAAUACCCUCUACCGCAACUCGAUUGCAAAGCUUGUAGGAAAAAGGGAAUCUCGCGGUUGCCUUUGAAGGAAUACCAGGACAGCGUUAUCGAGGCUCUACGCGCUCGACCAUGCGCUGAAACUUUGUUGAACCAAGAUUGGAUCGAUGCGAUGGUCAAAAAAGCCGGGAGCUGCACAAAUUGUCGGGAUAGGGCUUAUCGAAACAUGGCGGACUUCGUCAAGGAAUUUGCCGAGCCAGUUGACAAUAUCAUAUCGCAGAUUGAACUAGAAGUAAAGUUCUAGGAGGGAAACAAUGUGGCUGGCACAAUCCGUUGAUAACUUAAAGUUGAAUUCGACGGACUCGGACUCGAGGGACUUGUACUAUAGUCAGGUAUUUAUAUCAUACCACAGGCCAUGGACGCAUAGGUUUUUGUAUGUUGUUUUGAGGAGCAUUGCUAUAUCUAUAGUCUUCAUAUCACGAUAGGGGAUAUAUCAGUACUGAUGAGCGGAAGUUGGAGGUUAUGUUCGUUGAAACCUUGCAUUGUAUUUGUAUCUUCGAUGAGUUGUUAUUAUAUUAUCGGCGUAUAUGCGCAAUACCGUGAAUUUGUAGUGCACUUUAGCUUUAGUAACAAUCCAGAACGAUUU